AUGGAAAUUCUCAUUGGAAACUCCAAGUGUUUGUCUGACGACGAGAGGAUCCGAUUGAGAGAUGAGGCCAAAGAGAUGUUUAGUCACGCGUACGACUCGUAUAUGACGUACGCCUUCCCGGCCGACGAGUUGAUGCCCCUCUCCUGUAAGGGUCGGUACCGACACUCAGAGCCCAAUAGGGGUGAUGUGGACGACGCGUUGGGCAACUUCUCGCUGACUCUCGUCGAUACGCUGGACUCGCUUGUGAUAUUCGGCAAUUACAGUGAGUUCGAGAAGUCUGUGGCGCGUGUCGUACGGCACGUGCACUUCGACACCGAUGUGGUGGUGUCGGUGUUCGAGACCAACAUCCGGAUGGUGGGCGGCCUCAUCAGCGCUCACAUACUCGCCCACUAUUUGCAAGAGAAGUACAGUCUUAUGCUGUGGUAUUCGAGUCAACUGCUGGAGAUGGCCAAAGACCUGGGCUAUCGGCUAUUGCCUGCGUUUAAUACAACCACUGGAAUACCUCAUCCCAGAAUUAAUCUCAGACAUGGUCUCAAAUCCUCAAACCUGGGCUCCGCUCGCGAGACCUGUACCUCAUGUGCCGGGACUAUGAUCUUAGAGUUCGCCGCCUUAAGCAGACUUACAGGCGAUCCUAUAAAAGCCCGAAUCUUAGAGUUCGCCGCCUUAAGCAGACUUACAGGCGAUCCUAUAAAAGCCCGCAAAGCCAUGGAUUAUCUGUGGGCACAGAGGCACCGACAGUCCGACUUAGUGGGGAAUGUCAUAAAUAUUCAUACGGGAGACUGGAUUAGACGAGAGUCGGGUGUUGGCGCUGGGAUUGACUCGUAUUACGAGUACUGUCUGAAGGCAUACAUACUAUUAGGCGAUGAGAGCUAUUUGGAGCGCUUUAAUCGUCAUUACGCGGGUGUCAUGAAGUAUGUAAGUCAGGGCCCACUGCUGGUCGACGUAAUGAUGCACAGACCCCACAGUCCGGCCAAGAAUUUCAUGGACUCUCUGCUCGCCUUCUGGCCCGGCCUUCAAGUACUUAAAGGGGACUUAAAGCCCGCCAUUGAGACUCACGAAAUGCUGUAUCAAGUGACGCAAAAACACGGUUUCCUUCCCGAAGCGUUCACCACAGACUUCAACGUCCAUUGGGCUCAUCACCCGUUGAGGCCUGAGUUCUUGGAGAGCACUUACUUCCUGUACAAAGCGACCGGUGAUCCCCACUAUCUAGAAGUGGGCAAAACAGUGCUCACAAGUCUGCAAGAGUUGGCACGAGUCGAGUGCGGCUUCGCGUCCGUCAAAGACGUGCGAACCGGUGGUCACGAAGACCGCAUGGAUUCGUUCGUUUUGGCCGAAACUCUUAAAUAUCUUUACUUAUUGUUCGCUCGAAAAGAAGACAUCGAUUUAGAUUUGGAUGAAUUCGUGUUCACCACUGAAGCACAUCUGUUGCCCCUGUGGUUGGCCAACACCAACAUCACGGGCGGCAAAACUACUCACAAACUAAGGGCACAGACAUUACUCUCGUAUAGCGAUGAGAGGUAUGUCCGCGAAUGUCCUAAUACUCGGCUAUUACUCGGCAAACAUCACGGACUCAACUAUGGGAACAGUAUUCGCACAAACAUGAAAGACUUUGUGGUGAAGUCGAGUCAGUCGUCCAAUUAUAAGCAGCCGAUGCGCUCGAAAGGAUCGCGAUUUGCAAAACUCAAAGCGUCUGAGUUCUCGGCCACUAAUCGCGAGCACUUAGAAAUCGUCAAACAGAUGGGCAUUACUGUCGUCGUAUUGGCCGACGGAAGGGUCCAAUUGGUGCACAACAGCGUCGCCGCCGCCACCACUGAGGACGCCGAAGAAGGCACUCAAUUCAUGCAAGAGAUGAUCGCUUUAUCCAAACAACAGAUGAUUCAAAGCGAACAGAAGUUGAGAUCCAUUUCGUUCGCAUUACCGAAGAGUGGUUCCAGUGAUCUCAUGGUGCGAAUGGUGUUGAGUGCGGGUCCGGCGCAGUUCGGACUCGACUUGUCCAACAUCGACGAGUCCAUCGACGGCAAUGUCGUGCUGUCCGAGCCGUUGAAUGCGUGCAAAUGGCCGCUCAGGAAUGGCCUGAGAAUUAGCGGCAAGAUUGUGGUGGUAGAGCGCGGCGACUGUAUGUUUGUGGACAAAGCCAGACACGUCCAGAGGGCCGGAGGUAUUGGUGUGAUAGUCGUGGAUAAUGUGCUGAACACGAGCUCCAAGUCGUCGCCUAUGUUCGCGAUGUCCGGCGACGGACACGACGACGUCGACAUUCCGGUGCUCUUCCUAUACUGGGAAGACGGACACACACUGAGACACGCCAUCGCACAGCACCCGCACCUCAUCCUAUCAUUAAGUGUACAAAACUCUAACAUCACUGAAACGCAUAGUAUUGUCGACGAUAGUGAUACAGACAUCGAUCUCGUCAACAGUGAGUCCGAUAGUGAUAGCAAUAGUGGUAAUAGUGGUCACACCGACAAUGGUGUCAAAGGUGUGGCACAUGUGGUCGAUGUGACCGACGAUGUGUUGGGUUCUGCCGAAGCCAUAGACAUCGAUAAAGUGCUGAAUGUGUUGAACGCAGACAUAUCUGACAAAUACAGCGAUUAUGUGAACAAAAAGUUCAAAACUCUGGACAAUAAACUAAUUGAAGACAUUUGGGAAUCAGUGUUCAAAUCGACGGUCAAAACAAUGCAAGACGUGAUACAAUCGAAACAAUACAGAAAUGUUGAGCCAAUUGUGAGGCAAGUAUUCAGAGCCUCACAGACGUUGUCAGACGUCAAGAAAACUAUCACUCAUUGGAUUGAGUUCUUGAAUGAGGAGAAGCGCAGAACCAGUCGUUUCUGUAGUAAUCCAUUAGUGGACUCCACGGCAUUCAAGAGACCUUACAGUGUAAACUAUUAUAGACAGGUUCUCAUGGGAUUACCGUAUAUCCUAUCGCGCCGUUUGGCAAACAGCGAUUAUUUGGUGCGAUUUGUGUGGGUUUUGCAUCACUUGGUCUAUACUUUGCAUCAAAUCAUUGAGUUCUUUGUGGACAGGGAUGUAAUGGACGUACGGUUCCAACAGGUUAUAGAAGAACUCAACUCGAAGAAUGGAAUGUAUGGCGACUUCGGUCCCAACGCUUCCAUUUGGUCGCGAAAGAAGAAGAAGUUCGUCAAAGAGGCGUUUAUGAGAUUCGUGUGCUUUCUGGACAACUCAACCAAUUUGAGCCGAUAUUCGUUGGAAUCCCUUCCUCUCCAGAACAACAUCUCCUUCUUGUGGUCGAAUGCCAUGGAUUGUCGGCCAAAGACGGACAGAAUGUCGACAGUUAUGCGACCCUUCGGUUGA